CAACUCCUCAUUCACCAUUUCGCUCUUUCAUAAUUCCUUUGGUGUAUCCAUUCAUAGAUAUACUACCGAUUCAGCUACAAAUACAACCAACCUCAUCACCAAACCAGCAUGUCCGCCCCCAACCUGCACAACGCCCUCUUACGCCCCCCAAUCAUUCAGAUCCUUCGAGCCGCCGGCUUCCACGCGACACGGCCAUCGGUGCUGGACACUGUGGCCGAUCUCGCUGGCCGAUACAUGAUGAUUCUCGCCUCGUUCGCCGCAGACCACGCCGCCAACGCGCACCCCAGCGACCCGAUUCCCGGACUCGAAGACAUCUACCAGGCACUCCAGGACGCCGGAGCGCUACGGCCACAGCUGCGCGAGUGGGAGGAGGACUGGCAGGGAUCAGAGGACAUGCGCGGCUUGGACGCAUUCAUAUCGUGGUUUACCGGCCCCGCCAACCACGAGAUCCGGCGCAUUGCCGGCUUCGUGCCUAGCGAGGGCGACAUGGUCGACACCGAGGCCGCCGUGGAGAAGGAGGACUUUUUGACGGCGCUGAAGAAGAAACACAGCAAGACGGGCGAGGAGUCUCGAUAUGCGGGUACCGUGCUGGGGAAGAGCGCCGACGAACAUCCCAUUGUGAUCGAGGGCGGCGUGCCUAGCAUUCAAGAAUGGGGUUCGCAGAUUCGAUCGCGAGCUCCGUAUAUGUUGGAAAACGACUCGUCGGGGAUUAGCAGUGCCCCGAGUAAUCUGUCGGAUGGGGAGGGGAUGGAUGUGUGAGGUAGAUGGGAUAUUGCUUGACUUUUAUUUCCCUUUCACCUUUUUCACCCCUUGUGGGGAUGAUCCUGGCUGGCUGCAUGAUGUCUGUUUUUUGCCAGACGUUGCCACGCUCUCGCUCACUGCGACGACUCGCCGGUUUGCUACGAAUGGCUGUCGACUAUGCAGGUCGACCUGUGCGACAGGCAUACAUUUCGUGCUGUGGUUGCUGUCACCAUGCGAGUCAUCUAGCACCCGUUGAGGGCUCACGCUUUACGACUAUUGACUAUCGAUACCCCGAGGAAUAGAAUCGAGGACCUGAUGGCUGAGGGACGCCAUGGGGAGGAUAAGCAUGGUGGGUGUUGUCUAGAGGGGUUUGGGUUCGCUACGAUUUCGACAGAGCUAGCCGGGAGAUCAGAGCAGAGAUCUCAAAUGUGAUGUACAUACGAACGAGCCGAC